AUGGCGCUGAAGGUGCUACCUUGUUUGGCUCUCCUGACUGUUUGCCUGGCGGAAAAAGCACAAUCAAGAUGGUCUCGUCAAAUCAGCUCAUAUACAUCAGAUAUAAGCGACUGGGUUCCUUUAUCGGGACCCGUUGAAAGGGAAUUGCCUCAAAUAAGACGACAAGCAGUGGCGGAGCCUAGAAUACUGUCAGAGCCUUUCACGGGCUUUGUAAAACCAACUGGAUUUAGCCAAGAUACAUUCCCAUCGCGGGCAUUUUACAAUUCUCCAUCGAACCGACAGCUAUACCUACAAUCGGUACCGUCUGCCCCCCAAAACUAUAUAUCGGAACAAGGGUUCAAUCAAGGCUUAAGAUUUGGUUUAGCGCAACCAAAUUUUCCACUCAGCCAGGGCUUUGUUUCACCCCAGUACAAUUUUGACAAUAUUCCACAAGUGAAACCAAGACCGCAGAUUCAUUCGAAUCAGGUUAAAUUUGAAAACCCUACCUCCAAAGCAAAUACACCUCUUCCAUCAUCAGUCAAGACUUAUACAAACCAAGCAGGAAGGUCUCAUUAUGAAUUGCCAAAAUUCGUCGAUGGAUAUCGCGCAGAUAACACGAGUGAUUUGGCAAUAGCAAAAAAACCACAAUCUUUACACAAAAUUAAGUUUGAACUCGCCGAUAAGUCCAAAGAAACGUUUGGUUCUCCAAAAACAAAAGUAGAAAGAGAAGAGGUACAAUUAUUAUACGUACCUUUAGAUUCAAUGAACAGAGGACAAUUGAAUUUCAGAAAUCCGUUGACAUCGCCUCAAAUUUUAAACACAGAACUUUUUAAUCAGAGACAGAAUCCUCUGAUGCAAAAUCUAGCAGGGGAAUUUCAAACGCCCUUAUCUCAACCGAUUGAUACAUUCAACUCACAAGAAUUUCUAACAAACUUCAACAGCCAAUUUCGGGAAGUAGAUUACAGCCCUAAGUUCUCAACUGUAACAACGCCUUUUCCUACAACAGCACCGACAACAACAAAACCCAAAAAACUAAAGCCGCAUCAACCUCCUUUAGCUAUUUUCUCAACCCAUGACGCAAAAAAAGAUGAUCAAGUAAAAGUUGGUGAUGUCUUGCAUUCUUUGAAAAAUGCCAAUACAGUAGCCGUACUUGAUUCAGUUAACCCUUUGAAUGCACCUAAGGUUUUUAUCGGUCCCUCAUCUUUGUCUCCGCCUGAAAAUUAUGUUAAAUUUGAGCUCCCAUACUUAUCCAAUAUUGAAAAUAUUGAUAAAAAGCUGAGACAGUUACCUUUCUUUGUAGCGCCAUUGAGUUAUAAUACACCUCAAGGUUUCGCGAAAAUUCCCUUCCCAUCACCACAUGUUGGCUCAGUUGUAAUAAACUCGCUAAUCAAAGAUACUUCACCUGCAAACAAACCACCCGCUGCAGAUGUUUACUCAAACAUUUAUUCAAGACCACUGCAGUACAAACAGGAACCAAAACCGGUCACGCAAAAACCAGUCAUAAAUUAUUAUACUACUUCCUCUCCGAAACCCGUUAACUCUCCUAACUACGAACAAAAUUUCUAUUCAAUAGAACCACAGGCUGUUAGUACAUUACGACCACUAAAAGAAACUGUAUCAAAUCUUCCGGUUACUCAAUCAACAUCGUCACCAUAUAAAACCGGUUCAUACUUCUUAAGCAAUCUUGGAAAUCGAUAUAAUACCCCCCAAUUUGUGAACUUCCCACAAGAAACGAAUUAUCAAUCAGCAGAACCCCCUAAAAUACAGAAUGUUUUUAAAACUGAAACCAGCACUACCCCUAGAACGACGAUUACGACAUCUACUAAGCCUACGACAUACCCGAGUCAAUUACUGGAGACACAUAAUCCAUACUCAAUUAAUCAAGCAUUCCAUUAUAGUACACCUUUAGAUUACCAAAACUUCUUUGACGAGUACAAAGAAGCAUACGGAAAUUCAGGGCCGAAAAUAUCAAACUCACCGCCGUCAAUUUCAUUAAGCUCUACACCUGGUCCAGUAAAAGAAGAGGUAGAACUAGAACAACCUAAAGUGGAACAGAAACAUCAGCAGUUAUCACCAAAUUAUUUGCAAAAUUAUACCCCUGAAAUACACCAUGAGUCCGAAAUUGUAAAUUCUAGAUACCCGAUAUCUAAUACCAAUGAUUACUCUACUCAAAUAACACAAAACUCUCAAUCUGACUAUACCAAUUAUGGCAAUACAGGUAACUCUGGUGAUCGAACAAACAAUUUUGAAUCAGAAGCCUAUACUGGUACUUUACAAACACAAACUAACUUAUCUGAAAACAAUACAGCAGAAAAUAAUUCUGCUGAAAAAUCAACAAACGAUAAUCAAGAUACAAAAUCCUCAUCUGAAUAUAGUCAAUAUGAAGUUGGUCAAAAUUCACAAGAAAUUAUAUCAUCUACUAGUAGCACUACUACAUCAACCAGAAGGUCACCAAUUAGAUCACGAGGUCGCCCUCGAUAUCCUACAAAAACCGAAAAAACAGAGUCUCAAGAAUAUUCCACGCAUGCCCCUGUUACCAGAAGACCCUUGAGAGAAAGAAAGCCCUUACCUACAAGAUCCAGAUACGAACCGAACAAAAUUACUACUGAAUCACCCACACCAAAACCAGUUGAUUCAAGCGAAAGCACCACCAAAUUUACAAGAACAAGAACCAGAGGACGUGUUCAAUACAAAAUUCCUGAAGAUGAUGACAAUUACACAAAAAGAAACAAACCAAGUAAGAAAGAACAAGACUUAGCUUACCAACGCGAUGUACUUCAUCAAAAUUAUCCUGUUACAUUAAUGGAAAGGACCAGUACUGUAGAUAUCGAAGCAAUAACUGAACCUACUGUGAUUGUAUCGAACAACCACGAAAAUACUAAAACUGAAGAUACAGAAGACGCAUAUAGUAAUGACAAACUUUCCAUAACUGCACCUAUAAACUCAGAAUUAGAAGACCUACCCCAACAGUACACUACUGCAAUACACUCCAUUAGUGAAGCUCCUUACGAGGCCAAAGUAGCUAAUAAUGAUGAAGAUUAUACCUACCCACAGAAAAGCAGUGCGGUACCACAAAAUAUACCACAAUCUUAUGAUGAAAUAAUAGAAGAACGUGAGGCGGUACAAAAAUACCCUGAAAAGAAACAAGAGAAUAAAGAUAACGUAUUAUUUGCUACUAAAGCAUCCAGUACUGAAAACGAAUCAAAUGUUCCUGUUUACUCUAAUGAUGAAUUCAAGACCAAUAGACAGGAAGAGACAACUAGUGCACCAGUACUAGAAACUAAAGGCGUAAGCCAAGAAUUAAAUCAAGAACAGGAAGAGAAUAUUGUAGAAACAACACCAUCGUAUAACCGAGUAAGAGUCCGUCCAGGAGUAAUAAGACAGUAUCACCAGACUUCUUUAGCUGAAUCGUCUCGAACUGACCGAAGAAAGCAUGUCCAACCUAUAACGUACCGACCGGCUUUCGACAGGCGGCGAACUACAAUGCGAAUUGAGGAAAUUGAAGCUGAUUUAAAGACUAAGCAAGUCCAUGGUAGACCAGAAUUCCAAGAUUAUAAACAGCCAGUUUACAAACCAGAACCAUCUACUGAAUCAGCUGCACCAUCUUCUACGACAGAAACAUCUGUAAAGCGCGGUCAAUUAAGACGUAGGCGGCCUAGCUAUGCGUCAACGUCCACGGAAGCAACAAUAACAAGAAGACCAUAUGAAGCCAAAAACCGUUUCCGAGGUAGACGACCUACUGAAAAACCUACCGAUAAGCCCGAAGUGCAAACAGACAUAUCAUCAACGACUCAGAAAAAUAUUGGUUUUAAUAGAUAUAGUCACAGAUCACGUCUUUCUGAAAGAUAUAAUAAAAAACAAGAAACAGAAGAUCAAGUAGGUGAAGAUCAAGAGCUUAAUUACUCAAUUAACAGGCCCAAAUAUGCCACACCGGAAAGCGAGCGCUGGUCGCCAAAAAUUUCUAUCGAUUCUUUUAAGCCUUACAAUCCAAACAAUAUUGCUGAAGAGAACAAAGAAGCUUCCCCGAUUGAUGGUAAAUCUAAAGAUGAACUCGAAAUUAUAACGGUAAAAAAUGAAUAUGAAGACAUACUUAUCUCUGUAACGCCGGCAUAUAACAAUCGUGCUAAUAAAAAAAUGCCCGAUAUACCACCUACACUUGAGGCUCUGGUAGAGCAAAGCAAAGUAACUAAGAGCGAUUCGACCGAUACCAUGUCAACAUUUGAAAGUAUGCUAGAAGAGGUUAUGAAAAGUUUGGAAGAACAAGACGAAAACGAGUAUACUAGCAAGGUAAUGAAACACAAAGGUGGUGAAAUAGGCGAGAUUCCGCCGGAAAAAAUUAUAUCAUCAGGAGAAAACUUUUCCCUAAAAUCGACGACCCCAAUUCAAGAAGAAGCGGCAACCCUGAUACCGGAUAAUGAUCCUUCUGCCACUGUCACUGAGGAGGUUCCUAGCCAAAAGAAUCGUCGUCGUGGGUUUUGGAAAAAAGUCAAAGUACGUCCAGUGACUGAAGAAAUCGAUGCAGCAGAAUCACAAUAUUACCCUCACAUAGUUAAUCGUAUCGGUCAAUACGCACCAAAGAACUCAAUCGAAAAGUCUGGCAAAGGAAGCUCAAAGGUUGCAGUAACUACGUACAAGCCUAAUUAUCAGUUUCUUAAGGAUUUCUUUGAAACACAUGAAGAUGCGCUUGAUGUAAUAACAAAUAUUGAUAUUCCUAAAAUAACACCUGUUAACAGAGUUGAGAGCAACACAGAAGUUGUAAAAGCAACUACAGAUUCUACCACGAAAAAUGAUAUUGUUGGUACUACAGAAAAAAACAAUCCAGGGGAAAUGGAUUUAGGUACAGGAUCGCCGGAUCCUACGCUUGAUGAUAGCUCCUACUACAGUGAGCCUACAGAGCCAGCCUUAAAAGAUACAUCACCUAUUGAUAGAUCUGAUGGACUAAGCUUCAUGGAUUAUUUGUUUGGCGUCACAUCAUCAGAUGAGUCGGAUUCUUUUAAAAAUCAUACAAUAUAUGAAAAAGAAAUCAGAACGACGACAGAGCUACCCAAAGAAAAUGCCGUUGAAGUUGAUACAGAGACAACCAAAGUGAAAACCACAACUGAAAGUUCUUACGUACCAGAAGAAAUGACCGCCGAACCAGUGUACGAUAACACUGAAAGCAUUACCGAAAGACUAGAGCUUGCAAGUGAUAUUUCAGAAGAAUCUGUUUUUAAAGUAGAAAGUUCAUCGGUAUCCAGUUUUAUGGAUCCAGCUAAUGUCGUCAGCACUUCUAUGUCUACCGAAAUCUCUCAUGAAACUGAAAUUUGUUUUAGAGGCAAAUGCAUUAAAACUAAUAAGAACUUGUUAUAAAAUUAAUGGAAAUGGUGCUUGACAAGUGUUCAAAAUCAUUAGGAGUAAAAGUAAUGACUAUUUGAAAAGACAAUUUCCCAGUGUAGUGAUCAAGGUUUACAUUUAGAAGGACUUUCUCGUAUUUAUUGUUUUCGACAACUGUAAAAUCCUGUAAAUAGUAGAUAUUUGGGAGUAAGUAGAUGACUCACAAUAAAGAAUUUAGAUAACAGUAAAUGGUUUGGUACAAGUCUCAAAUAUUACAGUACAUCUUGGUGCUAUGUAAUAUAAUGAUAACUAUGAUAAUAAAUUCAUCAGUUCAUUGUAUAAAAGACUCGUACUAAGCAAUUUAUUUUUAUUGGUUUGUUAUAUGUAUGCCUUAUUUUAUAUGCGUUUAGGUUAGUUAAGAGGCCUAUGCAGACUUUUUGUCUUGCUCAAGGCAGAGUUUCACGGGUAAGGCGAUAAUUUUUAUGAUUUCGUUCGCAAAGCUUUACUAGUGCGGCUUUGACCUUAAAAAGUCACUGCAUUCGUCGCUUCGUGUAAAAUGCCUUAAAGGCAAAGGCAAACCAAAGCGUUUCAGCCCGAGAGCGCGGUGAUGGCUACUGAGACUUCCUUACUGCUUAGUUCAAAGUGAUUUUCUACGUACAUUUACUUAAUCAAUCGCGUCAAAGUUAAUUGCGAUUUUAUCAUAUUGAAGAAGCGCCUUCUAGUUAAGUACUUGGAAACCAUGCUGUCACAAGAUUAUGCUCUUUCGAUACCAUAUAACGUAACCCUAUGUAAAAGUAAACAUAUGUAGAAAAUCACACACUUGUUACUCUUGUGAACAGAGAAGACUUGCUCGCGGGUUGACGGCUCUGUUUGGCCUUAGCUUUAAAGUGAAGACACACCGGGGGCUUCAAUAUGACUUCAGUGUGCCUUGAAACUCAGAACUUUUUUCAUUUUGAUAGUAGUUCU